GUCAUGUGAUCAGCUGUGUCCAAUCACAUCUGAUCGCAUGGGACAUGUACACUGAUCAUCAGGGCACUGAUGAUCAGUGUGCCCUGAUGAUCUGUGUAGCCCCAUCAGUGCCAGAUGUCAGUGCUUAUCCGUGCCACCUGCCAAUGCCCAUCAGUGCCACAUCAAUGCUACAUUUCAGUGCCUACCACUGCACACCAAUGCCACAUAUCAGUGCCCAUCUGAGUUGCCUUUCAGUGUCACCCAUCAGUGCCAGUCAGUGCCGCCUAUCAGGGCCAGUCAGUGCUGCAUUUCAGUGCUCGUUAGUGCUGUCUAUCAGUGCCGCCUAACAGUG